UAUAGUUAUGAGGUCGUUUGCCGCAGUUCUAACUUCUGCACAUCACCACCAACAAAUAAGUGUUCAAAUCACUAUUCAUGCCUUGAAAUCGUUUCGAAUUAAUGAAUCAUAAUUAUUGUUACGGGAAUAUAAUAGUGUUCUUGCAGUGAUUAGCUUGCCCAUUUAAGUCAAUUUAGUGUUUGCGUGCAAAAUUGCUUCCCAACUGCGAGCGCGAAGAAGGCACCUUUUCUUCACAUCUCUCAAAGAUGACUCCGCACACCAUCCACAACACAGAAGAACCAAUCACGGCACACGCAGCACAUUGGGGGAGCGCGCGCGCAAGGGACUUUCAUCUUCUCCAUACACCGCGUAUCGCGCCGAUGCGAUGGUUCGCCACUUACCUACAUGGUCGGUGUGGUAAUGUUGCUACUCUUCUGCGUCGUCAUCCAGGUAUUCCUGUUCACUAUAGGUACCUAUACAACCCCGGUCUUCGGUCGUCGCCCGUCGUCGUCGUGUGGAAGAGGAGAGCCAAAAGAACACCAGCAACAACAGAAGCAACAGGGCAGCGCCCCCCGGUCCGUGUCGAUCGCCGGCCGCACCAAAUGGACUGGAUUAAGUUCGAUGUUUAUUUUGCUUUCUAUGGCUUUCAGUCUGCGGCAAGAUUCUGGCUAGAAUGGAUACCUGGUCCCGGUCCAGCUGGAGCGGCGGUCGUCCGGAGUCGGUUUAGUUUUCGCGGUGCGGCGGUUUCCUGUCGAAGGUGCGUGCGGGCGCGUGUGAUUACGGAUUGCUGAUUGCGUGAGAUCGGGGUCCUGGGAAGUAGAUCCUGGCAGUGAUAUGGUUUGAUAGAAUCAUUAUGUGAUUGGUAGUGUAGGAAUCCUCCGAGAAGAAUUUCAAGAUAAUCAAGUGCCAUGAUCGUGCCGCAUAGUUUUUCGAAUUUAUCCUUUGGUGAUGUUUGUGCAUUUAGUUUUUAGAAAAAUAAGUUCCCGUCAGUUACAAAGUAACACGCGAAGAAUCCCGCCCGAGAAGAAAUGGAUGUCUAUCAGCUUGACUCCCCCACAGAUGGGCUCAGCUCAAGCCUAGUGAAGUUAGACGAAGGCCUCGCGGAUAUGAGUUUCGAUGCCGGUUCGGAGUUUAAUUUGCACUUUUUCGACACCCCCGAGGAUUCCAACACGCAAAGUGGAUUGAGUGAUCACGACGAAUCGGUCGAAUCGAGCUCGCGGGAAACUCCUCCGAGUCCUGGGCAGCGUUCGGUGGGAUUACAGCCACCGUUACCACCGCCACCGCCGCAGUUGGCCAUCGCCGUUGGACAGGAUCCAAUCUCCAGCACGAUCGUGGUGACCAGCACUUCGGCGCCGAUGACGUUGGUCAAUCCGGCGACGUGUUUGGUGAUCAGCUCGUCGGAGAUGGCAAAGGUGUCUUCUAGCAGCUUUGAUCGGGCGGAUGGAGCGCAACGCAGUAGUGGGAGUUCCAGGCUAGAGCAGCAAUGUGCCGGUUCGGAUGCCAGCUCGACGACCUCCUCGAAGACGUUCGUGGCCUGCAAGGUGUGCGGCGACAAAGCCUCCGGCUAUCAUUACGGCGUGACAUCGUGCGAGGGCUGCAAAGGAUUCUUCCGCCGGAGCAUCCAGAAGCAGAUCGAGUACCGCUGCCUGCGGGAUGGCAAGUGUCUGGUGAUACGACUGAACCGAAACCGGUGCCAGUACUGUCGCUUCAAGAAGUGUCUCGCCGUAGGAAUGAGCCGGGAUUCUGUUCGCUAUGGACGCGUUCCGAAGAAAUCUCGCGAAGCCGGAAACUGCACGGAAGAUAUGAACGUUUGUGUAAACUCGACCACACCGACUCAGGUGUCGCAGUUGAGCAGCUGCGGCGGGACACCCACGCCGACAGUACCAGUGAUCAGUGCCAGCAAUAAUAUUAAUAAUAAUAAUAACGAUAAUUUAACUAAUAAUAAUAAUAACAACAACAAUAGUGUCAAUAAUAACAACAGUUCCGGGCUGGGCGCCGGAAUCGGAGCCAUGACCAACUGUGCGGAGAUCAGUACAUCGACGGCGGUCGUAACAACCAUCCUGCCCGAUUCGAUGAGCUUCAGUCCACCGGAACUGUCCAUCUACGAUAUCAUUCACUGUGUAGCGCAAGCACAUCGAGGCCAUUCCACGUACACCACCGAGCUGGUCAAAGAGCAGACCCGGAUAUCGCUCGUCAACUACAGCGAGAAGAAUAAUCUCAUCAUGCAAUCACUGGACACAGUCGAGGACCAACGGAUAUGGCUGUGGCAGCAGUACGCCAUGCGGAUGACUCCCUCGGUGCAGCGGGUCGUCGAGUUUGCCAAGCGCGUUCCCGGCUUCGCAGAGUUCCUCCAGGACGACCAACUGAUCCUGAUCAAGCUGGGUUUCUUCGAAGUGUGGCUCAGCCACGUAGCUCGGGCGACCAACGAUUCGGCGCUCACCUUCGACGACGGGGUGUACAUCACCCGGCAGCAACUGGAAGUGAUAUACGAUUUGGAUUACGCGAAUGCAUUGUUCAGUUUUACCAGCGGUUUGAACAACUGCUGUUUGAGUGACACCGAGAUUGGGCUGUACUCGGCACUGAUUCUGAUGACCGAUCGACCGGGACUGACCGAGACCAAGAUGGUCCUGAAGACGAGGGAGUGCAUUGCGGAAGCGCUAAGGGUGCAGAUCACGCGGACCAGGUCCAACGGAGUCAGCGCGCUGCAGAUAAUGCCGGCACUAGAGGCUAAGAUUCACGAGCUGCGGACGCUCGGGGAGAAACACUUCGCACACCUGGAAUGGUUCCGGCAGAAUUGGAGUACCAUCCGAUUGCCACCGUUGUUUGCGGAAAUUUUCGACAUUCCUAAAUGCGAGGAGGAUUUGCAGUAGGUAAGAUAAUGGAAGACAGGGUAGAGACAGAGGGGAUUUGAACUUCCUUCUCAAACGUUGGCCAAUAGUUGUUUAAGGAAAAAACCUGUAACUGAUAUUUCAAUUAAGGAUCAUACCUAUAUCGAACGAAAGCAAGACUUGCCAAAUCUAUAUCAAUGUGAGUGUUGACUUGUAGCGAAAAUUC